AAAGUGUUCCGCGCGACGCGGAGCAUUGUGGGGUGGUGGUGUGCGGUUGGCUUCCGUCUGGGCGGCAGGCGCCGGCUUUCGGGGAGUGUGGCGUGCAGGCUCCGCGUCCCUCCUUGUUACUGCGUCUCCACCGUGCUGCCCGCAGGCCACUGCCAGCAUGUCGGGCGUGCGAGCCGUGCGCAUCAGCAUCGAGUCGGCCUGCGAGAAGCAAGUGCAGGAGGUGGGCCUCGAUGGCACCGAGACGUACCUGCAGCCGCUGUCUAUGUCCCAGAACCUGGCGCGCCUGGCGCAGCGCAUCGACUUCAGCCAGGGCUCGGGCUCCGAGGAGGACGAGGCGGCGGGGCCCGACGGCGACGCGCAGGACUGGGCGGGCGCCGGGGCCGAGCAGGACGACGAGGAGGGGCUGGUAAAAUUCCAACCUUCUCUGUGGCCUUGGGACUCAGUGAGGAACAAUUUGCGAAGUGCCCUCACGGAGAUGUGUGUACUCUACGAUGUUCUCAGUAUUGUCAGGGACAAAAAGUUCAUGACUCUGGACCCCGUCUCUCAGGAUUCGCUUCCUCCCAAACAGAGUCCUCAGACACUGCAGCUGAUCUCUAAGAAGAAAUCCCUUGCCGGAGCAGCUCAGAUCCUACUGAAGGGGGCAGAAAGACUGACCAAGUCAGUGACUGAGAACCAGGAAAACAAGCUCCAGCGAGACUUCAACUCUGAACUCUUGAGGCUACGGCAGCACUGGAAACUGAGGAAGGUUGGAGAUAAGAUCCUGGGCGACCUGAGCUACAGAAGUGCGGGCUCUCUCUUUCCCCAUCAUGGCACCUUUGAAGUGAUUAAGAAUACAGACAUUGAUUUGGAUAAAAAGAUACCAGAAGAUUACUGUCCUCUGGAUGUCCAGAUUCCUAGUGAUUUAGAGGGGUCUGCAUACAUCAAGGUUUCUAUUCAGAAACAGGCUCCGGACAUUGGUGAUCUUGGCACAGUCAACCUUUUUAAGAGACCAUUGCCCAAAUCCAAGCCAGGUUCCCCACAUUGGCAGACGAAAUUAGAAGCAGCACAAAACGUCCUUCUUUGUAAAGAAAUUUUUGCACAGCUUUCUCGGGAAGCCGUUCAGAUUAAGUCUCAGAUCCCUCACAUUGUGGUGAAAAACCAGAUCAUCUCUCAGCCCUUCCCAAGCUUGCAGUUGUCCAUUUCCCUGUGCCACUCCUCAAAUGACAAGAAGUCCCAGAAAUGUGCCACCGAGAAGCCGGGUCCGGAGGAUCACCUCUAUGUUCUGGAGCACAACCUGCACCUGCUGAUCAGAGAGUUUCACAAACAGACCUUGAGUUCCGUCGUGAUGCCUCACCCAGCAAGUGCUCCUUUUGGCCACAAGAGAAUGAGACUUUCAGGUCCUCAAGCUUUUGAUAAAAAUGAAAUUAAUUCAAUACAGUCCACAGAAGGACUCCUAGAAAAAAUCAUCAAACAAGCCAAGCAUAUUUUUCUGAGGAACAGAACAGCUGCAACGAUUGACAGCUUGGCAAGUCGUAUUGAAGAUCCCCAGAUCCAGGCCCACUGGUCAAACAUCAAUGACGUUUAUGAGUCUAGUGUCAAAGUUUUAAUCACAUCUCAAGGUUAUGAACAAAUAUGCAAGUCCAUCCAGCUGCAGUUGAACAUUGGUGUUGAGCAGGUACGAGUUGUACACAGAGACGGACGGGUGAUCACGUUGUCUCAUCAGGAGCAGGAGCUGCAGGAUUUCCUUCUGUCUCAGAUGUCACAGCACCAGGUGCACGCAGUUCAGCAGCUUGCCAAGGUUAUGGGCUGGCAGGUCCUCAGCUUCAGCAAUCAUGUGGGACUCGGACCCAUAGAGAGCAUUGGCAAUGCCUCUGCCAUCACAGUGGCCUCCCCAAGUGGUGACUAUGCUAUUUCAGUUCGUAACGGACCUGAGAGUGGCAGCAAGAUUAUGGUCCAGUUUCCCCGGAACCAGUGCAAAGACCUUCCGAAAAGUGAUGUUUUGCAGGACAGCAAGUGGAGUCAUCUCCGUGGACCGUUCAAGGAGGUUCAGUGGAACAAGAUGGAGGGCCGUAAUUUUGUUUAUAAAAUGGAGCUGCUCAUGUCUGCACUGAGCCCCUGUCUGUUGUGAUUUUCUCCAGAACAAGUUCCAAAAACAUUGACUUGGAUGUCUGCAGAUCAGUUACAAGCACAAAGGAGAGAUGUCUUCCAUAUAAGUACUGGCACUCCAGUCCUUCACAGGAGCACUGUGUAAAAGUUAGCAGCUGGCACCCUCACUUUAUAAGUGACGAGUGCUUUGGAAAGGGAAAGUUUAUGUACAGUUGUAGUAUACAGUAUGGGGAGAUGUAAAAUAAUACAUUUUUUAUAUGGCUAAACUGAAAACAUUACUAACUUAAGGGCUUGAAUUUGCUUUUUAAAAUAAAAAUCCUAUCUUUGAAGUUAA